CGCCGUAUGCGCCGACGCACACGAAUCAUGCCGCGCACGCGUCAAUACAUAAAAUUAAAAAAAUAUUUAUAAUUACAAAACUGCUCUAACAAAUUACUUUAAAUUAAAGUGAAAGUGAUUUUGUAUAUAACUGUACAUUUAUUUUGUGUUUGUGAUGUCUAACAGCUACAGUAUGAAACAGUUUAGCUCUACCGCUGUAAUAACUGAAAAUGGAGCAUUUCCGUCCACGACAAGCAUCAGCACAAUAAACACAAAAUGUAAAGAAAAUGACUUGGAGAAAAACGACUACGAACCCUUUCAAAACAGAAAACUAGAACAUCCUAAUUCAGAUGCACGGUCGUUCGCGAAUCUGUUAAAAUCUUCGUUAGGUUCCGGUAUCUUAGCCAUGCCAGCAGCCUUCAGGAAUGCCGGAACUGUAGCUGGAAUAUUUGGCACUAUCCUCCUGGGUUACAUUUGCACUCACUGCGUGUUUCUAUUGGUGAAAACUUCGCAAGAGGUUGCCAAAGUUAGCAAGGUGCCAUCGUUGGGAUAUGCCGAAACAGCAGAAGCUGUGUUCGCUACAGGGCCAAGGCAGCUACGAAAGUUCUCACGAAGCAUUCGGAUAUUUAUAGACUGGGCGUUGACUUUCACCUACCUCGGCGCCUGCGCAGUUUAUGUCAUCCUCAUAGUCGACUCUGUACAACAGAUCGUGGAUUACUUUGCCGUGGAUAAUGGCCUCAGCAAGGCAAUGUAUUGUGCAAUGUCUCUGGUUCCGAUUCUUAUCUUCACGCAGAUCAAAAAUCUGAAGUUCCUGGCUCCAUUUUCAGCAAUCGCAAAUAUCUUGUUAGUGCUUACGUUUCUCAUAUGUCUGCAUUACAUUUGCAAAGACUUCCCGGGUUUGGAUAGCCAACCUAUGUUGGUAAAGAUUGAACAAUGGCCACUAUUUAUCGCUACAGUGAUCUUCGCUAUGGAAGGUAUCGGCGUGGUGCUGCCAGUGGAGAACGCGAUGGCAAAGCCCGAGCAUUUCCUGGGAUGCCCUGGGGUGCUCAACAUCACUAUGUCGGUGGUCAUUCUUUUGUACAUGAUCAUGGGAUUCUUGGGUUAUCUACGCUACGGUAGCGACGCGAAGGGCAGCAUAACAUUGAAUCUACCAACUGAAGAAUACGCUGCUUUGGCCGCGAAGGUGUUCAUCAUAUUCGCAAUCUUCUUCACAUUCAUGCUCCAAUUCUACGUGCCGAUGGAGAUCGUGUGGCGGAAUACGAAAAAUCGUGUAGCGCAAAAACACCAUAAUCUCGCCCAGACGAUUAUGAGAGCCGGUUUUGCUACUCUAACAGUGGCAGCUGCUGCAACCUUGCCCCGGCUGGAGCAAGUCAUCGGCCUGGAAGGUGCAUUUUUCUACUCCUUCCUGGGACUCAUAGCGCCUUCAUUAAUGCACAUAAUUUUCAACUGGGAAAGGGACCUCGGCAAAUUCAAAUGGAUCCUAAUAAAAGAUUCUGCUCUUAUAUUAUUCGGCUCCUUCGUGCUGGUGACGGGUGUGAUGCAAAGUAUCGUAGAGAUUAUUAGAACUAGUUAGCAAAUAAUGAAACGGGCUCUGUGAUGUGUUAGUAAGUUAAUUUAAUACUAAGUCAAUCGUUCUUCGUUAAACAAAGUGCUUAUAUUAGAUAAAAAACGUGAUAAGUAGAGCUAUAGCUUGAAUAUGAUGCGAAGCAACCUUGUAUUUUUUUAAUAUUUUGAUCAGUGCAAAUAAUUAUAAGACGCUGAAAGCUAGACCCUCUUGGAUUAUUUAUAUUGUAAUAUUUUUAUGUAAAGUUAUAACCUAGAUUUUAUAAGAGAUUAUUAAACUAGGUAUAUUGAGAUGUUGUUUUAAUUAUUUCUCUCGCUUUGAUUUGUUAUAAACUCCAGUUA